GAGCACAGUGGUUUGCGAUGGAAAGGAUAAGGAGAGGGAAUUUAUCUCUACGUCGUCACUCUCAAUUUAUCUCUUUCUCUCUGUUUUAACUAAUUAGUUCCUCAACACUUCAAUUGGUUCUCACAGCUUCAAUGGCGAUGGCAGUCGCCAGCUGCUCGUUCUCUAUGUGCAUGUUGAGCGACGCCUCUCGAAUCCCUUCUUUUGGCUGCCAUUACGCCACUUUGCGGAGGACCUUAUACUCAGAUAUACCUAAAGUUAAUAAAUUCACGUAUUCCAAACGAAGAGCUUUAACGAGAGGCCCUUCCUCUAAUGGCGAAACCAGAAAAGAGAUGAAAGGUGUUUCUAAGAAGAAGUUGGCAGGAAGAUCAAAAGGUGAAAGGCCACAUUCACUUCCAGAUGGUGCUGGAAGAGAGAUGGGUCAAACCGAAUCAACAGCGUUUAAAUCGCCUGGCGUGCAAAGAAAAGACAAGAAAGGUUUUGGGUAUGACCUUAAGGAGCCACAGGUUGGUGACUCGAGCAAUCUUCAAGAUGCAGCUUUUCUUAAUGCUGUCGUGAAGGUUUAUUGCACUCAUACAGCACCUGACUAUUCCCUUCCCUGGCAAAAACAGAGACAAUAUACAAGUACAGGCAGUGCUUUUAUGAUUGGGGAUGGAAAACUUUUGACAAAUGCACAUUGUGUUGAACAUGAUACACAGGUCAAAGUGAAGAGAAGAGGAGAUGACACAAAAUUUAUAGCAAAGGUUUUGGCUAGAGGUGUUGAAUGUGAUAUUGCUUUGCUUUCGGUAGAAAGUGAGGAAUUCUGGAAAGGAGCGGAGCCACUCCGUUUUGGGCGACUUCCACGCCUUCAGGAUGCAGUAACUGUUGUCGGCUACCCAUUUGGAGGAGACACCAUAUCAGUGACAAAAGGAGUGGUUUCACGAAUAGAGGUUACAUCUUAUGCUCUAGGGUCAUCUGACUUGCUUGGUAUUCAAAUUGAUGCAGCAAUAAAUCCUGGAAAUAGUGGUGGCCCUGCCUUCAAUGAUGAUGGGGAGUGCAUUGGGGUGGCAUUUCAGGUUUACAGAUCUGAAGAAGCUGAAAAUAUUGGAUAUGUAAUUCCCACAACGGUUGUUUCUCAUUUCUUGGAAGACUAUGAGAGAAAUGGGAAGUAUACUGGAUUCCCUUGCCUUGGAGUCUUGCUGCAAAAGUUGGAGAAUCCAGCACUCCGUGCAUGCUUAAAAGUGCAAUCUAAUGAGGGUGUUCUGGUACGGAGAGUUGAGCCCACUUCUGAUGCAAAUAAUGUUUUGAAAGAGGGGGACGUGAUCGUAAGCUUUAAUGAUGUUCAUGUAGGGAGUGAAGGAACUGUGCCAUUUCGGUCAACUGAGCGCAUUGCAUUCCGCUACCUAAUAAGUCAAAAGUUUGCGGGUGAUGUGGCAGAGCUUGGUAUUAUUCGAAAAGGGUCUUUUAUGAAAGUUCAGACAGUCCUAAAUCCACGGGUGCAUUUGGUCCCUUUUCACAUUGAUGGAGGCCAACCUUCUUAUCUGAUUAUUGCUGGACUGGUUUUCACGCCGCUCUCGGAACCUCUUAUUGAUGAGGAAUGUGAAGACACAAUAGGGUUGAAAUUAUUGGUGAAGGCACGGUACUCAUUGGCCAAGUUCAAAGGAGAACAGAUAGUGAUCCUCUCACAAGUCUUAGCAAAUGAAGUGAACAUUGGGUACGAGGAUAUGGACAAUCAGCAGGUUUUAAAGUUCAAUGGGACUCCAAUAAAAAAUAUACGACACUUGGCAUAUCUUGUUGAUUCAUGCAAGGACAAGUAUUUAGUAUUUGAGUUUGAAGACAACUUCCUUGCGGUCUUGGAACGGGAGGCUGCUGCUGUCGCCACUCCUUGCAUUCUCAAGAAUUAUGGGAUUCCUUCUGAGAGGUCUUCAGAUCUGUUAGAGCCAUAUCUGGACUCAUCAGAAUUUGACCAAGCAAUGAAUCCUGAAAUUGGCGACAGCCCGGUCUCCAAUUUGGAAAUUGGGUUCGAUGGACUUCUUUGGGCAUGAGAAUAAAAUUCAGUUUGAGCCAGAUUAGUUUGCUUCAAGGGACAGUCUUUUGGCAGCAAAGUCCCAUCUUCAGAGGGACAGAUACAACACCAGGAUUUGAAUCUCCCAUUGUGCCACAAUUUGAGUCACAUUCUUCAUCUUGAGUUAUUUUAUAUUUUAAUCCAUUGGAUUGGCGAAUAAAUCCAUGGGGACGUGAUGAUGGCAGCUCCUUGGAAGCAUUUUUUGCGUCAACAAUCAACAUGCGUUAGAAUUUAAGUUCAAAUAAUAAAAUGUAUCUGUUUCUUACCACAGUUCAUAAACAGUGUAACUUGUGGACUUUAUUGACUGCUAAAAAUUUAUAUUGCCC